CACUCCCUUCCUCCUCCCUUGCAAAGCUGCCACAUCUGAGAGAUGCCAAGCGACAUGCCCAGCUGCCUGUCCGGGUCGUUCGAGGCAUUGAUUUUUCAAGAUUUCAAGAUGCCAAAGAGGGGCGGCAAGCGAUCGCUUCUCCAACCCACCCUCCUGAGUGGUGCGCGAGGUGCCUCUCCAUUGGCAGACGGCCUGGCCAUGGAGUCCACCCGACCCAAGCAUCACCUGGGCAUCCGCUGCGAUGCAGCUGCUGCUUGGGAGCGUGAGCGGGAGCAGCAUUCGGAGGCCUAUUUCGCGGCACAGCUGGCGCAGAGGAGACGAAUACAUGCGGCUUGCUUCAAGCUCCAAAGGUGGUGGAAACAGGAACUGCUGCGCCGCAAGCUCGUCUAUGAAAAUAUGAUGGAUGCGAUGCAACUCCUUCGGGAUUUGGCCGCCAUCAAAGUGCAAAGCUGGUGGAGGGCACGGCAGGGCCUGCCGCCGUUCACGGCGCCCUCGGCGCCGGGCUCGCCCGGGGCACCGCUGUUGGCGCCCGAGGUGGAACGGCGUGCGCUUCGAGUACAUGGAGAGGCUGCUCACGGAGGCGGUUGAGGCAGCCGGUACCGUUGCGGGAAUGAACCCUUCGAACUGAUAGGCCCGAUAGGCCUGAUAGGCGAAAUAGAUUGAAGUAGACUCAGUAGACCGGAGAUCGAGGUGACCAGAGUGACAGAAAGACUC